AUGUCUUUAGAAACUGUUGAAAAAGCUUCGACUCUACCUCCUGUAGACCCUGAAGUGAUCAAUUCUGCUUUGAAUGAGUUACAUUUAGAUGGCGUAGAUGUCGAAUUACCUGCAGGGUUACCUUCAGGAAAACAUGACAUUAGCUUGAAAGAUGACAAGAUUAAUAAAGUCUCAAUGAAACAAAAUGGUGGCGCUUCAAACAAGAGCAACAAUAUCAAAAAUAAAUAUAAAAAUAAAUUCAAGUCGAAGAACUACAAGGAAGUUGACUAUUCAAUGAGCAACUUCAUUCCCAAUGCCGAUGCAAUAGACACGGCCAACCAUGGAUCUUUCCAGUUACAAUCUGAUUCAGGAAUAAACGCAAUGUUACAAAACAAUGGUGCUAAUAAUUUCCCACCUUUAUUCAGUCCACAUCAGCACUCACAGAUGAUGAACAUGAACAUGAAUAUGAACAUGAACAUGAACAUGAACAUGAAUAUGAACGUCGGAAUGAACAUGAACUUUGUUCCAUACAAUCAAAUGAUGCCUCUACCACCGCACAAUAUGAUGCCACAGAAUGAUAGUCAUUUGACAUUAUUAGAAACUGAAACAGAAAUAACUACUGCGUCUGGUGACGAUAUCGAUAUUCAAGUUAAAACGGAUGUAUCCAAAACUGUUAAAAGUAAAGGAAAAUCAGAGAUUGAAGAUAAUAAUGCUGAGAAUAAUGAAAAUAACGAUGCUGAAGAAAAUAAUAAAGAGAAUAAUGAUCAUUCACUAAACGUUAUUAAUCAAUCAUCCUCUUUCCCUGCUUCUGCUUACCCUUAUGGCGGCCCUCUAUUGCAACCAAACCAAAUGAAUAUGUCAUUAUCUGGAAAUAGCUCAGCAGCAAACAUCAAUCAUCCACCACAUUUCAACUCAUCAUUCCCAGGUGGAUAUGGCUUUAAUUCACCUUUCCAAUCCUUUUCCCCGAUUUUACACCAUCCACAUUCACCAGUUCCACCAAAUUUGGCAAUGAACCCUUCAUUAUCAUUAAACCCAGAUAUUUCACCAGAACCAUUACCUCUUGGUACUCACGAUGGUACUGCAAUAACUAGUGGCAGUAUGGUUAAUGAACCAUCCGGAAAUGAAGCUAAUACUUCAAGUCCGUCUGAAUUUUCCCAAUUUCAUAAUGGUACUCCUGUUCCAUGGAUGUAUGGUGCUCAUCCAUUUGGGCCAAUGGUUCCUCAUCCACAUUCUAUGCCUCAUCAUCCUCAUAUAAUGAAUAAUCGUAACAACGGUAAUUAUAGCAAUAACACCAAUGGAUACAAUAAAGAUGAUAACAAAGUGAAUUAUGUUAGAAACAGAAAUGGUAAUCAAAUGAAAAACCAAUAUGGCGGAUAUGUACAACGCAAAUAUGACGAUUCACUCAUUUACAAUGAUGCAACCUUGGAUCAAUUCAUCGGAUCUAUCUAUUCUUUAUGUAAAGAUCAGCAUGGAUGUCGUUUCUUACAAAAACAAUUAGAUUUAGUCGGCGAACAGGCUGCUAACACGAUUUUUGAAGAAAUAAAAAACCAUUGUAUAGAGUUAAUGACCGAUUCUUUUGGCAACUAUUUAAUUCAAAAGUUAUUAGAGAGAAUUACUUUGGAACAGAGAUUAAUAAUUAUUAACAUUUCUGCUCCAUACUUCAUCGAUAUCGCUCUCAACCCUCAUGGAACAAGAGCUUUACAAAAGUUAGUAGAAUGCAUCAAAACAGAUGAAGAAGCUAAAAUCAUUGUAGAUUCAUUAAAGCCAUCAAUUGUUGAGUUAAGUAAAGAUUUAAAUGGUAACCAUGUGGUUCAGAAAAUUUUACAACAAUUCAAGCCUGAAUUCAUCCAAUUCAUAUUUGAAGCAGCUUGCCAAAAUUGUAUCGAAAUUGCUACUCAUAGACAUGGUUGUUGUGUUUUGCAACGUUGUUUAGAUAGCGGCACUACUACCCAAUGCGAAUCUUUAUGCGAACAGUUAUUAAUCAACAUUGAUCGUCUAUCUUUCAACCCUUUUGGUAAUUAUGUUAUCCAAUACGUUAUCACUAAAGAAGUUGAGACAGGGAACUAUAACUAUUCUUAUAAAUAUAUCAAUAUUUUGAAACACAAAAUCAAGGAUCUCUCAUUGCAUAAAUUUGGAUCAAACGUUGUCGAAAAGUUAUUACGUACUCCUGUAUUAUCUGAAACUAUUAUAUUAGAAUUAUUGAAAAAAGGUGGUAAAAAUGAAAUUGAAAUUUUAUUAAACGAUAGCUAUGGUAACUAUGUUUUACAAACAGCUCUAGAUGUUACUCAUGAAAGUAACGAGGCAUUAUAUAAAAAAUUAUAUGAUAUCGUAACACCAUUAUUAGUGGGACCUAUUAGAAAUACACCACAUGGUAGAAGAAUUAUGAAUAAGCUAAAUUUAGAAUAG